AUGAGGAGGGCGAGCGGGCGGGCUGUGCAGACCCUGAAUAUCAACCUACAGAUGAAAAUAGGAACUGACAGUAGAGUAGAGAAUAGUCUCACUGAGGAUUUCAGCAUCCAAAUCAACACAAUGAGGAACUUUCUUCUGAUCUUCCUCUCACUGAUGAUUACAGGCUGGGAGGCCUCAUCUGAAGUGAAGGGAUGCACAGAUGGAUGGGUGGAAUUCAUCUGCCAGCAUAACCCAACUCAUCAAUAUCAAAGUGUUGAUGUAGUUAAGAACAACCACACAAUCAUAGGAAGCACUCAAAAGAAUGUGUGGCAGACCAAGAACAUAUUUUCUGUUUACUAUGAUGCAGCAAAUAGAAAGCUCAGAGUGGUCAUCAAACCACUUCAACAUGGGGACUCUGGGGAGUACAAGUGUAAAUUUAUAUUUGAAGGAAAAUCUGAAAGUGAUAAAGUGGACUUAAACGUUGGUAAGGGCUGUCAGACACCAUUUAAUCAAACUGCGUACAGAACAGCUAAAACCACCAUCUCAUGUGACAAAAGAAACUCCACAGUCAUGUUUUUCUGCAAAGAGAACGGUUCAAUCUGUGAGGAUAUUUUAUCAACAAAAUCUUUUCUGAGGUCAAACGGGUCCUUCACUCUCACAGAGACCAGCAGUAGCUUCAACAUGUCCAUCAGUAAUGUGUCCUCACAGCAUGCUGGUGUCUACUGGUGUGGAGUGGAAACAGAUAAAGGAAGUAACAGAGCUGCACUCAGAAAAAUACAACUGGAGGUUGAAGAUACUAUUACUAGCUUCACUAGGUAUCCAACUGUUGGACAGAAUCUCACAUACUGGUGUGGAUAUCCAAAGAGUGCUCGGAAAAAAUCAAAAUUCAUCUGUAAAGGAGAAGAUCCAUCUAUAUGUAGACAGAUAGUAAGCACCACACAGAGCAACGCUGGAAAGUUUUCUAUGAUGGAUGACAAUGUGAAAAAGAUCACCAUAACAGUGAGAAACAUAACAACAGAAGACACUGGGACAUACUGGUGUGGAGCAGAAAGCAAUGACCCAAAACAGAGCAACCCAUUCUUCCACAGGUUCAGGAUGACUGUCGGUGAGUCAAGUUAUUUUAUUUUGUGGAGGUUAUCUGACCCUGGUUCAGAUUGUGAGGGAAGGAGAGUGCUGCAGUGA